ACUACACAAAAAGGUACAAAAAAACAAAAAACAAGUGAAAGUUCUGCAUCUACACAACAUUUGGAAUGUAUUGCCAGCAGCCAAGACUCAGAUCUUACAAGAUCCACCAAGAAGCUUAAGAUCAGUUACAAUUCCGAUUCUAGUUCCCGUUCUGAUUAUAUCUUAAAAGAUGUCCCUUCUCAGGCAUCUAAAUUCACAGAAGAAGAUAUAGUGGCAUUUAAUGUAACCUUCGAGCCUUUGGAUGAGAAUAACUUCAUAUCUGAUGUUGAAGCCACGAACCUUCCAAGUCAAUACCUUCUCCCAGAAAUCGGUCGUGAUAGUCUUGAAAAGAAAAAAUUCAAUGUUGACAAGCUUAAUACUUCAGACAUAUAUGUAAUGCAGUUUUAUAUGUCUCUACACAGAGUUGUCAAGAAUUUAGGUGUCGAUAUAGGUACAGAGGAAUCUAAGACCGAAACAUUAGUAAGCCUUCUGUUAAAUCACGCAUUUGGAUUCGAUGGAUGGCCAUUUGAUAUUAGUGAUAAGAGAGUGUCAGCAAAUCCUGGUUUUGUAGUGAAUAUGAAAAAAAUUGCUAUUAUAGUCAUAGAG